AUGAAGAUCUCUCUACUCCUUUCCCUCUUCUUAUCCCUCAUACUGGUCCACAAAUCAUCCGGUGGGGAACUAGUCGACGUUCAAUUACAGGAACUUCGACUCGGACAAAGAAAUGUGUGUCCACACGAGGAAGUGGAGAUCGUGACGCUGAAAGAGCCAUGUGUCCAAGCAUACACAAAAUAUGUGAGAAGUCGAAAACCGGGAUGCAACGGGAAGUUCCAGAGCUGUGCGGUGAGACAACCCAAGACAAUCUACUUUCACACCUACAAAAAAGUCAACCGCACCCGACGUCAUACCAUUGCAGAAUGCUGUCCCGGAUGGGUGCAUCGACCAGGAGAAGCUGGUUGUCAACGAGCAAAUUGUUCAUCGGAUCUAUGUCAUAAUGGAGGGACAUGUGUACCAUCGGAACACAACGACAAUGAACAAGUAUGCGAGUGUCCGACAGGAUUUACCGGAGCGAAAUGUCAAUAUGACGUGAACGAAUGCAUGGCAAACAAUGGUGGAUGUGAACAUGAAUGUGUGAAUACCAUCGGAACAUUCUACUGUAGAUGUUGGCCUGGAUUCGAGUUAGCUGGAGAUGGAAACACAUGUUCUGAUAUCGAUGAAUGUGCAACUGCCAACGGAGGUUGUUCUGAUAGAUGUGUGAAUACUCCUGGAGGAUUCAGAUGUGAUUGUCCAUCGGAUUUGUAUCUUCACUCGGAUGGAAGGACUUGUGGAAAAGUAACAUCCUGCUCUGUCGACAACGGAGGAUGUGACCACGAGUGUGAGGAUGAUUCCCAUGGAGAAUUCUACAGAUGUAGAUGUCGUUCGGGAUUCAAGUUAUCUGAAAAUAAGAGAUCAUGCCAGGCGAUCGAUCCAUGUCUGGAUAAUAAUGGAGGGUGCCAGCAUCAUUGUACAAAUAAUCAUGGCAGGGCGCAGUGUCAAUGUUAUCCAGGAUUCCAUCUGUCGUAUGAUAGGAGGUCGUGUGUUGAUAUCGACGAAUGCUCUAAAAACAAUGGCUGCGAGCAUUUCUGUGAAAAUAUCAAAGGAACCUACAGGUGUAAAUGUAGAGAAGGAUACCAGCUGGGCAGAGAUGGAAGAACUUGUGAAGAGAUGUUAGGGGGAUGUCAAGUUGGAAAUGGAGGGUGUCAGCAUGACUGUUAUGAUCAACCGGAUGGAGGACACAUCUGUAAAUGUAGACAAGGUUACAUACUGGCAGCGGAUCAGAAGUUGUGUCAUGACAACGUUCCGAAACCAAUCAUCCCGCGAGUCGCCCGACUCUGGGAUGCCUAUGAGACAGUUACAUGUGUGACACCCACUGAUUUGACAUGUCACAAAUUGUGCAUGCAUCUCGAUUCGGGUCACGUUCAGUGUUUCUGCGAUGAUGGAUACGAGUUGAUUGACUCGAAGUUUUGUCAGGACCACAACGAAUGCAACCAUAACAAUGGGGACUGUGAUCAAAUUUGUGUGAAUAUGGCGGGAUCCUAUGAGUGUCAAUGUAAACCUGGAUUCAAAUUAUUGAUGGAUGGAAGGAGUUGUGAAGACAUCUCGGAAUGCUCCUCUAACAACGGUGGCUGCGAACAAAUCUGUAAGAAUCAAGAAGGUGGAUACAUGUGUUCAUGUGAACCAGGCUUCGAAUUAUCUGAAGAUGGACACAGUUGUCAUGAUAUAAAUGAGUGUCUUAUUAAUAAUGGAGGCUGUGCUCAAUUGUGCAAGAACCGGAAGGGAAGUCGAAAAUGUCAAUGUUUCGCUGGCUACGUAUUGGCUCAUGAUGAGAAGUCCUGUGUUGCCGCUUCCGAAAAUGUGGAUAUUUUGAGUAAUGAUCUUGAAGACUAUUCGAAACAAUUCGAUAUGGUGGACUCACUUGAUGAAGUGAUAGCGUCCAUUGAAAACUAUCCAGCUGAUGAGAGAUACGAAACGAAACCAUUGGUUUUUGGAAGGAGGAGGCAUGUCACAGAAUGCCCCAACGGAUUCUUUGGCUCGUCCUGCCAGCUAUCCUGUGCCGAUUGUCAAAACGGAGGAAAAUGCUCGAUGCGUGGAUCUGGACUAUUAUCAAAAUGUGACUGUCCAUCUGGAUAUACCGGAGAAAAAUGUGAACAAAUCUGUCCAAAUGGGUUAUGGGGAGCGGACUGUUCCCAUAAAUGUUCCUGUAAACUUUGUGAUCCAACUACCGGAUCUUGUAGAUGUGAAGACCCAGCGAGGUGCUCGGAUGGUCCGUGUCCUGAUGGCUACUACGGUUCCCAAUGCAACCUGAAAUGCCGUAUGAGUUGUCCAAAUGGUCGAUGUGACCCAGUAUUCGGUUACUGUACUUGUCCAGAUGGCCUCUACGGUCAAACCUGCGAGAAGUCGUGUCCCAGUUUCACAUUCGGAAAGAAUUGCAGGUUUCCGUGUAAAUGUGCAAGAGAACAUUCCGAAGGGUGUGAUGAGAUUACCGGAAAAUGUCGUUGCAAACCUGGAUACUACGGACAUCACUGCAAACGAAUGUGCUCUCCAGGACUAUUUGGUCCAGGAUGUGCGAGGAAGUGUGAAUGUCCAUCUGGUGUUAGAUGUGAUCCUGUUACUGGGGACUGUACAAAAAAGUGUCCGGCUGGAUAUCAGGGAAAUCUUUGUGAUCAGGCAUGUCCUGCCGGUUACUUUGGAUACGAUUGUGAGCAGAAGUGUAAUUGUGAUGGCGUCGAGUCACCACAUCACUCGAAAGUUUGUCAUCAUGUCACUGGAACGUGCACCUGUCUUCCCGGAAAGACCGGACCACUUUGUGAUCAAUCCUGCGCCCUGAACACAUAUGGACCAAAUUGUGCACACACUUGUUCGUGUGUCAACGGAGCAAAAUGUGACGAGAGAGAUGGAUCAUGUCACUGUACACCUGGAUUCUAUGGAGCGACUUGUAGUGAAGUUUGUCCAACCGGUCGCUUCGGGGUCGAUUGUAUGCAACUGUGCAAGUGUCAAAACGGAGCAAUCUGUGAUCCCAAAGACGGUGCAUGUGAGUGCUCCCCCGGCUGGAGUGGAAAGAAAUGCGACAAAGCGUGUGCUCCGGGAACGUUUGGAAAGGAUUGCUCAAGGAAAUGUGACUGUGCCGAUGGAAUGCACUGUGAUCCAUCGGAUGGAGAAUGUAUUUGCCCUCCCGGAAAGAAAGGACACAAAUGUGAAGAGACUUGUGAAAAUGGGUUAUUCGGUGCAGGUUGUAAAGGGAUUUGCUCGUGUCAGAAUGGAGGAUUUUGUGAUUCGAUAACUGGAUCGUGUGAAUGUAAACCUGGAUGGAGAGGCAAGAAAUGUGAUCGGCCAUGUCCGGAUGGAAGAUUUGGAGAGGGGUGUAAUGCGAUUUGUGAUUGUACUACGACAAACGACACCUCCAUCUACAACCCAUUCGUCGCUCGUUGUGACCAUGUAACCGGAGAAUGUAGAUGCCCUGCUGGCUGGACCGGCCCGGAUUGUCAAACAUCUUGUCCAUUGGGUCGACACGGUGAAGGAUGCCGUCAUUCUUGUCAAUGUACAAACGGAGCAUCUUGUGAUCGAGUCACAGGAUUCUGUGACUGUCCAUCUGGAUUCAUGGGGAAGAAUUGUGAAAGUGAAUGUCCGAAUGGGUUAUGGGGAUCGAAUUGUAUGAAGCAUUGUCUGUGUAUGCACGGAGGAGAAUGUAAUAAGGAGAAUGGAGAGUGCGAGUGCGUCGAUGGGUGGACAGGACCGUCUUGCGAGUUUUUGUGUCCAUUCGGUCAAUUCGGACGUAACUGUGCCCAGAGAUGCAACUGUAAAAACGGAGCAAGUUGUGACCGUAAGACAGGUCGUUGUGAAUGUCUACCAGGAUGGAGCGGAGAGCACUGUGAAAAACCAUGCUCCAGUGGACAUUAUGGAUCGAAGUGUGAAGAAACUUGUGAAUGUGAAAAUGGAGCAAUUUGUGAUCCGAUAAGUGGAUAUUGUUCAUGUCAACCGGGAUGGAGAGGCAAGAAGUGUAAUCGAGCAUGCCUGAAAGGAUACUACGGUAAGCACUGUUCCCAAAGUUGCCGAUGUGCCAACAGCAAGUCAUGCGACCACAUAUCCGGAAGAUGUCAAUGUCCCAAAGGAUACGCUGGACACUCGUGUACAGAACUGUGCCCAGAUGGAGCAUACGGUGAAAGUUGUUCUCAUAAGUGUGACUGUGGUGAUAACUCACUUUGUGAUGCAAUCUCUGGAAAAUGUUUCUGUAAACCGGGACACUCGGGACCAGACUGUAAGAGUGGGUGUGUUCAAGGAAGGUUCGGUCCGGAUUGCAAUCAAUUAUGUUCCUGUGAGAAUGGAGGAGUCUGUGAUUCAUCAAGUGGUUCUUGUGUUUGCCCGCCUGGGUAUAUUGGGACAAAAUGUGAAAUCGCGUGUCAAUCGGAUAGAUUUGGACCAACCUGCGAAAAAAUCUGCAAUUGCGAGAACGGGGGUACCUGUGACCGUCUAACCGGACAAUGUCGCUGCCUACCCGGAUUCACUGGAAUGACAUGCAACCAAGUGUGUCCCGACGGGAAAUACGGUGCCGGAUGCAAAGAAAAGUGUAAAUGUGUGAACGGACACUGUAACCCAACCAAUGGAGAAUGCAAAUGUAAUCUUGGAUUCACUGGACCAAGUUGUGAGCAGUCUUGUCCUUCUGGAAAGUAUGGGCUCAACUGCACACUGGAUUGUGAAUGUCAAGGACAAGCCCGUUGUGAUCCUGUCCAGGGAUGCUGUGAUUGCCCACCAGGGAGAUACGGUAGUAGAUGUCAAUUCUCGUGUCCAAAUGGCUUCUACGGAUGGUAUUGCUCCCAAUCAUGCUCCUGCCAGAACGGUGCACAUUGCGAUGGCGCAGACGGGCGGUGUCUAUGCCCAGCAGGAUUCCAGGGAGAUAAAUGUGAACAAAAGUGUACGGAAGGAACGUUUGGCCCGGCAUGUAGUCAAUCUUGCAACUGUGGAAAGUUCAAAUGCGACCCCACUGAUGGAAAAUGUAUCUGCCCGGUUGGAAGACACGGACCAUUGUGUGAAGAGGAGUGUAGAGCUGGAAGAUAUGGAGAGGCAUGUCAGAAUAAGUGUCAAUGUUUCAACGGAGCAUCUUGUGAUCCAAAAACUGGUCAAUGCAGUUGCUCUCCAGGAUGGCUCGGUCCGACAUGUCAAGUGGAAAUGCUUGAUCCCAACAACAUCGCGAAUCGUGGAGACCUUCCAGAAGACUGGGAAUGGAGGGUCAAACGGUGA